AAGUCAUUGGUAGAAAUAGAUCUUGAAAUUAGUGGUGGCUACAAUAUUGUGGAUAAGCCACGGUCUACAUGGGACCAUUUAAAAGGAGCAAUUGGGAAUGUGUAUAUGUUAGAAACAAUCAAAAUUGUAAAUGAGGUGUGUGCUGAAAAUGUUAAUAAUAUGUUUGAAAAUGUAUCUCAACUUCCUGAUGGUCUUCCUAUUCAUUCAUGUACUCCAUCCAAAGAAGCUCACCGUGCUGGGAUAAAAUCAUUUUAUGCUCAGAGUGAAGCUGGCACUCCAAAUAAUCCUUUUAUCAAUGUUGACACAGUAACAGAUUUAAUACAAAAUAUCAAUUUUACAAUUAUUCUGACCACAUCAGGCAUAAUAACUGGUAGAACUAGAGGUGAUAGUCCGGCUCGUGUUGAUGGUAAUACUCAAUCAUUGAGAUACUGUGAUGGUGACGGUGGAGGCAGUGACUGUCAGGAAGAAUUCAUCAAGGAGAAUUUUUUGGAAAACAGAAUUGG